AUGGCCAUUUCAAAUCUGCUUGCCCUGCUCAUGGCCGUUGUUGGCCUCAGUCUUGCUCAGACCAACAGUUCCAACAUCUUCACCAAUCCAAUCAUUUCCUCGGGCGCAGAUCCUUGGAUGGUGAAGCACGACGGAAUUUACUACAUGACCUACACCAAUUACAAUAACAUUACCAUCCUGAAAAGCCCCAGUCUGACGAAUUGGGAUGAUGCGGAUGCCAAGGCAGUUUUCGUGCCUCCUCCAGGUGAGGCAUAUUCCACCGAUUUAUGGGCACCCGAGCUUCAUUUCAUAGAUGAUAGCUGGUAUAUCAUCUUUACCGCCGAUCCCAACAAUGACAAUCCUCCCCCCGAGACCGAGAUGCUUUGCGACUGGAAUUGCCCGGCUGUCAAUCACCGCAUGUAUGUCCUGGGAUGCGAUUCCUCGGACCCAAUGUCUGGAAACUGGACUUUGAAAUCGCAGCUGGACACUUAUGACCAGUUCGCCAUCGAUGGGACAUAUUUCCAACAUUCGACCGGUCUUUACCACAUCUACUCGUGCUGGUUCUCGGCUUACCAGUCUUGGCCCGCCAACUUGUGCAUCUCCAAGAUGAAGAAUCCUUGGGAGGUAUCCUCCAACAUUACACAGCGACAGACCAUCUCGGUGCCCACUAAUGCGUGGGAGAAGACACCAUACGGACGCAUGGAAAAUGUUCGGCUCUCCAGUAACGAAGGCCCUCAACAGCUCACAAAUAGGGAAACCGGACAGCAGUUCAUCAUUUACAGUGCUGCUCGUAGCGACAACCGUAACUAUUGUCUUGGCCAGCUCGAACUUAUUGGAGAUGACCCGAUGAAUGCUGCGGAUUGGCGGAAAAAUAACGAUGGCUGUGUCUUCUACCAAAACGCUUUGGAUAAAGCCUAUGGUGUCGGUCAUGCAAGCUUCACAACCAGUCCGGACGGUACCGAGGACUGGAUCGUGUAUCACGGCAUGGAAAACCCGAUAAGUGGGUGGGCGGCUAGAAAUAUUAGGACGCAAAAGUUCACCUGGAAUGCAGAUGGCUCUCCAAAGUUCCCGAGACCGGGCUAUGGUCCUUACGAGGCGCCUAGCGGGCAGAAUGCUAGCAUGCGGAUGUUGUAG